GCAAAACGUUGAUGUAAUUCAAUCACCGGGCCAAAUUUCCGUUCGACAUUUGAUCUUCUACCGUUCUACGUAACCGUUACCUUAGAAACAAGUUGACAACAACUUUCAGGCAAGUUAGUCAGCCAUGUAUCCAAUUCCUACUGCUCUAGAAAUGAGUUUAAUUCAAGAGUCACAUUAUUUGUUGUCGGGAGUGUCGUUCUAACUGUUAAUAACUUUAUCUUUAGCCCCAAAAAGUGGAUGUUUUAACUACCGCUACAGACUCUUAUUUGUGAUAGACGUGGAGAGGAAAUGCUGUAACUCCUGCGAUACAAAGGAACCGUAGAGAUUUUAUCAAACGAUGUCGCACAGCACAUACAAUACACUUUGGUCUGAAGCUCAUGAGGAGCUCAGCUGUUUGCUGGAGGAAGAACUCCCAGAAGAACCUCCCCGUCCUGAGAGAGACAGAGUGGUGUUCUUCCAAAGGCUCGCCACCUUCUAUGUCCGCUAUGUGCAGAUCUUCAGGCAGCUAGAAGAUUCUUAUGACCAAAGCGUUCACCCCCAAAAGAGGCGUGCGAUUAGGCAGGUGCUGGACAGUGUGAUAGGCCGUGUUCUGGAGCUCAAGAACGAAAUGGUGGAAAAGGAAUUUUCUGAGUACCACUACAUGGAUGACAUCAUCCAAGACCUGAAACUAACCCCUGAGGACCUUGAGAUUCCAGUUCCCAGGUAUUUCAUUUGGGAGCGGAACAAAGUGCUGCAGGACAGAGAAAGAAUGUUUGCUGCUAUAUUAAACCAAAUGGAUGUGACAGAAAAGCCUCCUGUAAUGCGCUUGUUGACUCUGGAGAGGGCCAUUAAAAUCAUCCAAGUGGCUGAAAGAGCACGGCAAGGACGACUGAGGGCAAAGUUCAUGCGAGAGAUCCAUAGAGACUCUGAGAGACAGAGGAGAGCUGAGGAACAAGAGGCAGUUAGCACUGACCAGGCCGCAGUUUGUAUCCAGAAGGUGUGGAGAGGUUUCAUACAAAGAAAAAUUACAAAAAGGCUACGUGAAGAGGAAAUCAUAUUUCUUGGAAUGGCCAUGGAUCCAAAACUGUCCUAUCCAUCCCAAACCGAGCUGGACGCCCUAAACAAUGAGGCCAACAGGCGGACCAGACAAGACGAACAUGAAGAUGACUAUCAGAAAUCCAUUGGAUCUGUUAUUUAUCAGCUCAGGGAAGUGGAGGGCCCAGAAAUGAAGGAGACCAUGAAAGAUCAGAUCCGACAGUGGUUCAUAGAGUGCCGUGAUGCAACAGGCUCAUUUCCUGACUACCCAGAGGAGGAGAAUGGAGGCUCAGCUCUUAUAUUCGCAGAGAAAACACCUGAGGAGCUGGCAGAAGAACUGGCAGCAAAGGAGGAGGAAGAUGCCAACAAAAAGCCAAAGGGCAAGGAGGAGACAAAAGAAAAAGGAAAGAAAGAGAAAGUCGAUGACGAGGAGGAAGAGCCUGGACUGAAGAUGCUACCAUCUGCCUAUCUGGAAGAUAUUGAGAGGGGACACAAGACAUUUUCUGAGGUUUGGAAAAACAGAAAUGAGACCAAGAAUUUUAGUCAAAGACACGAGCUGGAGCUGAUCAAGGAGGAAAAAAGAAAAGAGAUUGAGGUGGAAAUAAGAAAACAGGUGGAUGAACUGAUGAAACAGGAACUGGCUAACUGGAAGCUGGCUGUGGAUAAAGAAAAAAGUGGAAAGGUCAAGGGUGCUGCAAAAAAAAAGAAGGCAUCAAAAAGUGGAAAGAAGAAGAAGAAGGACAAAGACCUUACAGCGGAUAGGACCAUUGAGUCACUGUUUGAAGAGCUGGUUGAACAGGAAUUGCUGAAAAAGGCAGAUAAUGUUAAACUAAAAGAUUAUCUAGGGGACUAUAGCUAUCUCGGCACAACUCUACGACAGUCUGACACUGAGCCUAUGCCGUCCUUAUCUGAUGUUCGGCAAGUUGUAGCACUCUAUGCUGUCUUACCAUUAGGUUCCCAAGCAGUGCAUGAGAAGGCUCCCCUGGUGAAGACCAUGCUGCUAGUAGGUCCGUCAGGGGUGGGUAAGAAAAUGUUGGUCCAUGCCAUCUGCCAGGAGACUGGAGCCAAUCUGUUUGACCUUUCACCUUUAAACGUGGCUGGAAAAUACCCUGGCAAGAGUGGAUUGCAGAUGAUGCUGCAUGUGGUGUUUAAGGUUGCCAAACUGAUGCAGCCUUCUGUAAUAUGGAUUGGAGAAGCUGAAAAGAUGUUUUACAAAAAAGUACCAAAAGAGGAGAAGGAGUUAGAUCCGAAACGUCUGAAGAAAGAUUUACCCAAGAUCCUUAAGUCCAUCAAAGGAGAAGAUUGUGUUUUAAUAGUAGGAACGACAAGUGAUCCACACAGUGCAGACCUGAAAUCCUUGUGCAAAUUCUACAAUAAGAUCAUCCUCAUACCUCGGCCAGACUAUGCAUCAAGAUACGUAAUGUGGAAAGAGCUGAUAAAAAAGAAUGGAGGAGAAGUAACCAGUGCCCUGGACCUCAGCUCUCUGGCAAAGAUCUCUGAUGGCUACACACAAGGUCACAUGGUGCAGGUGGUGUGUAGCAUCUUGACCGAACGUCGCAUUCAGCAAUUUCCUAAACGUCCACUAACAGCCUCAGAGUUUGUGUCUCCACUUGCAAGAAUCGACCCUGUGUUUCAGGAGGAAGAAGAGGCAUUAAAAAACUGGUAUGCCAAGACUCCCCUUGGAAAGAAGAGAAUUAAAGCUGCCUCAGGGAAAGAGGGUGAUGAAGAGUCCUCAAAAACAGGGAGCAAAGGUGGCAAGAAGAAAGGAAAAAAGUAACAAUAUAAGUGUUAACAUGAGCAACCAUAGUACCACAUUUCCCUGCCUUUACCAAUAAAUGUAUCAAUUUGCUUAUGACAUCAUUAUCUUAUGACAGUAUGCAUGUUUUUUGUUCAGUUGUAGAUUAAAAUCCAAAUUGAGGGGUGGAAAAGAGCUUGUGGGUCUAUAAAUACACAGAUACCAUCUCCAUUAAAGAGGAAAGGCGUAUCUCCUAGUCCAUUUAAGAGUGUAAACCCCAGCGUGAAAAACAUGAUCACAGGGCUUAUUGUAUCUAA